AUGAGUGAAAGCGCCGAAUCAAGUAAACCUCCCAUUGAACAUGACAGCACCACCGAUAGUGAGGAUGACAACGGUGAUUCAGAUUUUGACCCUGAAGAAAUUGAGAAGGAGAUACUGGGAGUGAAAAGUUUGUUAAGAAGACAAUGUGCUCGGCACAAGGUAAGUGAAUAGUUCAUGUGAGGCGCAAAAACAUCAGUUACUUAUUUAAGCGCCGCAUAUUUCCACUUUUGGCAUUGCUGCAAGAGCUUUCCACUGAACUCUAACAUUAAAUUGCGAACUUGAGUGAGUUUUUUAGGGAUGGAGUUUUUUUGUUCUUAAUCUGUCGUUAAGCAUGCUCGUUCAAUCUUUCCUUAAAAGAAGGAAAAAGGUAUUUUUUCCUGGACUGGAAGAGCUGACACUCUCGGCCUGAUCCCCACACCGAUCCGUUGCUCUGCCACAGUGUUCCAGGAAGUUGAUAAUUGAAUUUAAAAUAUUUCGAGAAAUUCCUUCCUUUUACUCUCCUUGAUAUUAAUCCUUCCUUUCACAGGACGUUGCAACCUUGAAGAGUGAACACAAAAAUUGGCUAAAAGGAGUAAUUUCACAGCUAGACCAUUCAAAUAACCUGGAGGGUGAAGACUUACAGGACACAAUUCAGAUGGUCAAUAGAGCUGAGGAAGGUGAAAGAGCUCGCCGAAUGUCGAUACCUUUUUCAGCUGAUGUGGAAGAAACCGAGCUGGACAUUUCUAUUCAGAGUGGACAGUUAUCAAAUGUUCAUAUGGAACUUCUACACCUCUUUGCCAUUCACGAUGUAAGCUGACUUUUUGUUUUUCUUGCUGCCGGUUGUUCGCUGUUCUCUAUCCACAACAGAGUCAAAACUGUUUUUAUUCACACCAUUUAUCUUGCAUACGUGAGCCAAUUUCUGAAAAAAACUAGACAAUCACGCCAGCAACAUCAAGCAGAGAUUUUUCGUCUUCUUUCUCAAUUGUAUUAUAUAGAAAUAUUUCUGGGAAUCUUAAAAAAGUAGAAACAAUAACAAGACCAGGCCUCAACACUGGGAACUAUGUACGUUACUCUUUGCGAGAAAUGCGAAGGUUCUUUAAUGUUUCCUGAUAACCAGUUCAGAGAAAGUACAGGAGGAAGGGCCUACGGUUUAUCGUCUAACCAUUUGAGGAUUUCACACUGAGCAAAGGCAGCCUCGAGUGUUCGUCCGGUCUGGCACUCUAACUCUCCCGCAAGGCACUCUACAGCAUGAGCCAACGAAACGCGAUUGAAAUAUAAAUUCACGCCCUUGGGACUUCCUUGUAUAAUAUUAAUCAUAAACCAUUACAGUUUCCUCAAACGUGAUUGCUGCAUUAGCUGCUUUAUUUUUCAUUAAUCAUUCUGUAGAGCUGUAAUCAGACAGUUGGCUGUAAUCGGACACCUGUGGUUCUACAUUUGAAGUAGUCAAUCAUACUAAGUCCGCUCUGCCAAAUCCACCAAUCACAGCAGGACUUCUUGUCGUCUAAUUCUGUCUGUAAUCAUACUCGCGAUUGACAAAUUGGACUCCCGCUUCGCCGUCGUCUAAUUUUGUUGAUCACUCGUAUGAUUACAGAACAAAUUGGACUAUACUCAAUCCUAUUGCCAUUAUUAACUGUUGUAUAUGUUUCAAUCUUUCAGGCUAAGUUUCAAAUGGAAUGUGAGCGUGACAGACGCAAUAUGGAAAAUUCCAAGAACAGAAUGCACGAAGAACUUAUGAGCAAGAUGGCCAGAAGGAAAGCCACAGAAGAAUUCGAGAGAGAAAGGACGAGAAAGAUAAAAGAAAUGAAGGAGUUAACAGAGACAGUCAGCGAAACGGGGCUUGCGAUGGCAGAAACAAACGAUAGACUGAGUUAUGUACACGCUGAUCUGAAAAAUGCGUUUCAAAUGAUGAGGGUAAGGAGCGAUAGGGAAGUAAAUCGUCACAGUAACGAGUUUGAGACAAUGAUUUUCCUAGAGAGAGACCAUGAAUAAUUUAUGUUUCGUCUGACACGUCAGUCGCAAAUUUAAAGUGAUAUAGAUUGAUUUCCUAUGUUAUCUUGCUACAUUCUGAAGAAAUUACUUUCAAUUCGUAAGAUUCUGAAAAUCGAAAUAUUUUGCGAUAACCUAGAUCAAUAACUGUUAAAUCUCUCGAUUACUUAGUGUAUGUCUGUCUCGAGAAUGGUUCUCUCAAAGCAAUGUUCUGCCAGUUUCCACAGGAAAGGCGUGGGCCCAAAUAUCCAUGUUACCGCGCAUGAGCAAACCAUCCUUCCCAGGAAGUCAUCUGCAGCUCUUGUGCAGGGUUCCUGACCUAUGAAAAGGAAGAAUAAUUAAAUCAAUGAUAAUCUCGAUUACUUGAUAAGUGAACGCAAAGCAGGUCGAGAAAAGAUAAAAUCCUUUGCUUUGCUCUUAGGAUGCCGACGCCGCUAAGGAAGUAAAAGAUCGGGAGAAAACAGAGGACUUGAAGGAGAUGAUGCUGCAAGAAAUUAGACGACGGCCAGCAAAAAAUGAGAAGGACAUCAUGGAACAAGAAAGAAUGAGACGAAUUGAACUGCAUCAGCAACAAAUGAUCGAUCGACGAGGUUCAACCACCGACACGCUUUUGGAAGUUCAAGAACAAUUAUUGAAAAUAUUCUCCAAAAUCAAGGUCUGCUUAAUCAUCGUUUAAGUCAUCAUAUUCAUAUGUAACGAUGAGGUUUUAUCGCGAGCUAACCGUAGGCGCCAACCACGAGUGGACAAAUUGCAUUUGUCAACAUGUUUUUCUCGGGCAGAGCAUUUUCAUUUGAUCGGUAAAUUCUACCUUACCUUGCUAGAAAAAUUGGUUGACACGUGAUGGACAGAGCUGAAAAAUAUCGGCGCAUGUCAAGUUAUGUCAUGGGCUCAUGCGUGAAACCAUAGCAACACCAGAAUGAAAUGGAUGGAGUCUUGAAAAAUUGAAAGGCGGUGCGGUUUUGUCGUUGGUUUAAGAGGCAAGCAGAGAAAGUUUAUGCUCAAAACUUUCGCUGAAGAAUGUCUUACAACGGGGACAAGAAAUACCCUUUGCACACCAAAGUUGCUGUUGUUUGAUCGCGAAAAAGCAUUUUGCGAAAGUUAGUCUACAUUAAUACAUGGAUGUUGGGUGGUCCUCAGUGAUAGUUUAUUAAAUGACAGUUUCAGUUGAUGAAGGAUAUAACGACUUUCAACACUUUAAAAUAACGGUCAGAUAAAAAAUAUAUACUGCAUGUAUAGACAUGCACAUUCAUUAUUCAGCUCCGUCCACGUGACGUGUUUUACAUUAUGUUUAAUUAUGCUUAGUUGCAACAUUGGAUGAGGAGUGAGGGGGUUGGGAUUGAGGACAGAAAAGUUAUCUCUAAGAGAUCUGGCCAACGCCAGUAAUGUGAUGUUUAAACUCGAUUCAGUUCGUCUCAGCUGACAGAGCUUUGCUUUCAAACACUUAGUUUGGAACUAGCAAUUCGUAAUCAGGGAGGUUUACCCAAUUUUUGUACCGUAUCCAGUUGAAUCCCACCAUGAUAAUAUGCCUAUUUUAAACCCUCUCCAUCAUCAGAGGGAAAAGAAGGUCAGAAAGACUGAAAUCAAACAGAACCAAGAAGACCACAAGAACCGCAUGCAAGAGGAGCUCUUACGAAAGUCUCAUCAAAAGGAAGUGUCACUUCAAGAGGCCCAGGAAAAAUGCCGAAGGAUCACGGAAACCAUGAGUCAGAUCUCAGACGGUGAUGAAGCGAAAGCCAAGGCUAUAGAUAUGUUGAUUGAUGUUCAGAAACAACUGCUGGAUGUCUUCGCCAUUACAAAGGUCAGACUGGUUUUGUAUCAAUGUCUGUAUAGGGUUUGUCAUACUCCUGGCUUUAAUCAGCGUCCGAAAUUUGCUGAUGGUGAACUGUUCACGUGAUCAAUUCGGUUUUCACGUCAAAAACUGUAACACGGUCCGUUUUUGUAAUUGAUUCUAUCGUAUUGAAAUGACCCACAUCUUACAAUAAAAAGUACCACCUUGGGAAAGAAAACUUUUAGUGGACUGAGUGAAGGCUGUGUACUUUAAAUAUAUACCUUUGAAAUCUUUACACUCUCUUGGGUAAAAUUGGUCGUCAUAGCUGCUCAUUCCGUGUCAGAGUAAAUGAUGAGAAAUGCUGAAAGUUCUGCUGUAAAAGUGCUUUUAGAUUUUUCAUGUUUUACCUUGUCUAUGUUGCAGGUUCAAGACCUGAAAGACCGAAUGAGUCAUAUUAAGAUGUUGAACUGUCGUAAGAACAUGCUGAGAGAGAUCCGAGGCAAGAGAGCCGAUCGAGAGAAUAGCAGUGGCUUCUUGUAAGUUACGCAUCAGUAGGAGUGUGCGUGUAGAGGUGUAAUUGCUGGACCUUAUAAAGGGGGGAGGGGGGGAGGGAGUGGAGGAAUUUUUGGGGGAUACGUUGUUUUCAGGGGAAAUGGAGGAUAUUUGCUUGUAUCACGAUAAAGUUUACCUGACCCCCCCCCCCCCACCCUUGCAAAUGAGCUGCUGACCCCAUACGAAACAAGUUACCACAAGAUCUAAGAAUAAUUCUAUAGACUACUUCUACCGUUCACAUAACUCAACCUCUUAAUUUUGAUAUGGGUUAGGGUUAGGGUUUGCGUAAGUGUCCGUUGGAAGUUAAUCCGAAGCCAAAGUUUAUCAAAUAAGGUUUGGUGAUACCUGGGAGUUAAGGCGUUUAAGUAUUUCAUAAUGCUUGUCAUAAUUUACCGAAUUAUAAUUUUUGGACUAGUACAAAAACAAUUUUAUGUACACUGUUAAUGAGUCUUUAUUAUUUUUGAAACUCAAAAGCCAUUUCAAUUUGGUUCUCUUGAAGUUCAAACGUCACCCAUGUCAAGAAAUUAUAACAAUUUAUAACCUCUUGCAUUUGUGUAUUUUUUUUUAUAACAGACCCAAACCACACGCUGAUGCAGCUACGCUAAAGUCAGGCAGGAGACUCUCGUUAAUUGGUGAACGUUUGCAACAAGAAGUCAGUCAUUCUUCGUCUCCAGAAAAUUGUGAUGAUUAA